AUGCGCACAUCACGAGAUUGCCUCGUGUACAGUUUUCAGGAAUGGCGUUGCGCCUGUCUGACCGUUAUUGUUAUCAUCUGCGUAUUGGGCACGUGUUUGUGCGAAUUUUUGCACCAUCUGGCGCGACAUCAGGCUCGUUUGGACGCCGAUCAAGCCACAGAGGUGACCGCGAAAGAGAACGAGGAACAAACAAAGUCUGCUGGAGAGUUUCCGGUGGAACGAACUCAAACAACGCUUGCUCAUUAUGAACAUGUGCUCAAAAAAGCAUUUUGUUGCCAGACCACUUAUCUGGUGAUCUGUGGAGCUCUGGUGUUUCUAUUCUAUCUAGUCUACUUAAUUGAAUGCUGGAAUUCAGCCAUAUGGAUGCGUUCGGUUUAUUGUGUGGACACGCAAAGUGCCUAUCGUUUUAUAGACGUCUUGCGUCGUACCAUUCCCGUGAUCUACUGGCAUGUGAGUUGCUAUCAUUACAGUUCAUCCCAUUCCCCACGCACGGUCACCAAUGCUUACACUGCGGACCCAGACCGCCAACCGACAGGACCAGCACCUCAAACAAGUCACCCCACAACUCAGCCCCCGAAUUCGUCCUCUACAUCCCUGCAAAACAAACCCCCAACAAACUUGACCCCGCAAGUGAAUUUGGUUACUGUAGCUUCUGCGCAUCAAACCUAUUCAACCCGAGAGCAAAAGGUUAUUACGGCCAGUGGAACGCGAAUAUUUGAUUUGAAUCAGCUCAAUGGAAUGUGGGAUUUGUCUGGUGAUGUGUCCGAGCUGGAACUCUAUCCGCUGGUUGAAAUCAACUUGCGAACCGAAUGUUUGUUCGCAAAUGAGACCGCCAAGUUGGAAUUCGAACGUGAACGUUGUGCGUUUUAUACUUCGUUUGAGAAAUACGACAUGUAUAUGGAAACAGAUCAGGUAAUCCAACUCUCUCCCCACGGCACGAUACCCAACCAAGUGUUUGUCAGCCGUUCAGCACCUCAAGUCCCAAUCUACUUACGACAAGGUACAUUUCUACUAGCUGCAUUAUUUCUUCUCUCCUUUCCUCUGCGUGUCUUCAUUCAUUCAAGGACGGCCAGACUGGACUACACCGUGCGCAAGAUUUUCGGGCCCUUAAAUUCUGUCAACGGUCAGCUCGAAGCAGACGGGUUAGGCCAGUCAGUUGCGAUUCGCUGUGACCUUGAUCAACCAACCACGCCGAAUCCGUUGGAGUCUAUCAAGUUCAUCAGUCGCAUGCGUUUGGAAAAGAACAAUGUUAUCUAUACUACGGUUAGCAAUAACAACGAGGCUGUGGUACUGUGCAAUCGGAAUAUCAGUGUAGACAGUGUAGGUUGCACAAGUAUCCCAGUGAAAUCUACAAAGCGAUGGCAGCGAGUCCAUGGGGAAGUACCCAGUGGAGCGCAUGACGUGGAUGAGGACGACGAUGACGAGUUGCUGUCACUGGACAUUCGAUUUGACGAAUUACAUUGUGCUAACCCGGUAGGCGGUGAGAACAUUGUGCCGAACAAAUAUGUCAGUCAGGACUCGCCGGACCCUGUAAAUAGUGUACAAUAA